AUGGCAUGUUACGGAUGUGGAGUUGGGUUUGGUGUUUUUAAAAAAGAGCAUGGAUGUAAAAAUUGUGGUUUUGCCUUCUGUUCAAAAUGUCUUACAAAAGCUACAGCAAUACCUAAACUUAAUAAUAGCAAGCAUCAUGUCUGUAAUAAAUGUUAUGAUAUCUUAACAGGGAAAGUUAAAGUGGAAGAAAGGAAACAGUAUUCACCACCUAAAGCUUAUCAAAAACGAAUGGCUGCUUUAGAAGAACGAGAAAAGAAUCCAGAAUCAAGUAAACACAGUUCACGAACAAAUCCAAAUGUAGAUAAAGCAAAGUAUGUAGGAUUAUCUAAAGCAGAUAGAGAAAUAGCUGAAAGAUUAGAUAAAUUAAAAGAGAAAACACAACCAGAAGUGAAAACAACAGAUAAAGAUAUAGCAGCUAGAUUAUCCAGAUUAAAAGAUUUACAAAACAAUUUAGAUAAGAGAUCUUCAACAAGUUCUAAAUCAUACAAUAAAAACAUCAAUAGUAAUGGUGGUGCAUGUAAUGAAUCAAAUGAUAUGAAUGUAGAUGAAAUGCACAGACUUAUUACAGCGGCAUCUAAAGAAUUAGAAAUUGAUGCUGAGAAAGCUAUUGAGGAUAUGAAAAAAGAUAAAGAAAUAAUGGAGAAACUGAAUGAAAUUAAGAAUAGAAAGAAAUCUGAAUCUCAUGAUGAUAAUAGACCUAGUGAUAGUGAUAGUGAUAAUGAAGAUGAAAUGGUGAAAAGAUUAGUUAAAGGGUAUCUUGAAGAAUCUAAGUUAGAUGAAUGUGUGGGAGAUGUUUAUUUUAAAGAAAGUAAAAAAGAGAAAAAGACUACUAAUAUAGAAGAUGAUGAUUAUGAUGAUGCUGAUGAAUUACCAUAUUGUUGUAUGUGUACUGAAGAUGCUACAUUAAGAUGUAUGGACUGUGAUAUGGAUUUAUAUUGUCACAGAUGUUUUAGAGAGAGUCAUGACAAAAUGGAUAUCAAAGAUCAUAGAACAAAGAAAUAUACUGCUCCAAAGGGAUAUAAGGACUAA